AAAAAACAAACCAACACAUACCAUGAUGUGCUUGGUAGUUUUUAAGGUUGAUGUAUGACGUCACGUACGUACAACCAAUUGGAUUGCUGGAUUGUUUGUCGAUCAAUGACGUGUAGCAAAAACAACAUGGCCACAGAAAAGAAGAACAUGGACUAUAUAUUGUACAAUUUACUCGUUCAUGCAGAGUGGCCCUUAGAAGGAGAGGUUUUGAAUAAGGACAGCCAUCUAAGUAUAUUGCAAAAGCGAGGCUCAUUUCGACAAAAGCUGCUGACACUUAUAAAAGGUUCGGCUUUUGGAUUAUGGUUAAUUUUGAAAUAUCCUUUUCGUGGUGUUACUGUCUCUCAUGGACUUCCUAAAGAAUUAUCCCAACUUUAUGAGAGCUCAGAAUGCUGGCACUUCUUGCUCUCGAGUGAUGGGAAGUACGUGGCAAUUCUGCAAGAUAUUUAUAUUGAAAUAAGGUCAGUAAGGAAUAACUUUGCAACUGUAACUUCAAAGUUCCAAGUCCACAAAGAUGAGUAUCCAAAAUGGCGAAGGAUGGCAUGGAGCUCCGAUUCUUCUUUACUGGCAUUUGCUCACAGUUGGGGUGAAGUUGUUGUUUUUGAUUUAUCUGGAACAUCGCUGUUUUCCAUCAAGGAUUCUUCAUUGUCUGGUGUGUAUCAUGGCCCAUCAAUGUUUCUUCAUAACAAGAGCAUUUCCGGUCUGUUGUUUCUUGAUGAAGACAAGAUGAAUCCUGGUUUGACAGAAUUGUUGGUGAUUUCUUAUAAAGGACAAAUAAACAGUUACAUUAUCAACAAUCGCAGCGGAGAGCACACGAAAAAAUGUAGUUUUUCAUUCCAAUCAGUUCUAUCCCAAGGUGUCUCCUGUGCUCUUUAUUAUCCUUCGGCUAGACUUCUAAUCCUCGGAUCACCUUCUCCUUGCAUCACGGGAACAUCGGCACUUGGUAACUGUGUUACUCUAUGGCGAUUGCUCUCCGAUAAACCGUACUUUAAACUUGUCGAGGAUCAAGCAUUGGAAUUGAGCAAGCGUCGUCAAGAAUCCGGGAUUAUUAGCAAGCUUUUACCAGGAAGAUCAACCAAUAAACAGAAAUGGUACACAUGGCGUGUGGAAAUGAGUUUGUCUCCCGACGGUAAAAUGCUCUUGGUUUUACAUAUCGCUGGGAGAUUGGCAUUAUGGCAGAUGCCGUCGAUGACGCUAUUAGAGAGCUGGGAACGAGAUGAAGUACCUGAAUACAAAUGCGAAGAUCUUCAUAUGGCUGCCAGGCAUUCAAAAGUUCUGCAAAAGGAGUUGAUUUACGAUAUUGGAUGGUGGUCGGAUAAUGCGAUGAUUCUGGCUCGUCGGUCCGGUGCGCUAACCGUCUCGACCGCUGACCGGAGUUUACGGAACAUUUUGGGUCAGUAUGCAGAAUGGUGAACCACUUCCACUGGUCACCAGUAUUUCAGAUGGAGGAUUUUGAUUUUGGAGUGCGAGAACAAUGUCGUAACAUUGAGUCCGGCGAGGAAAAGUGCAAUGAAUGAGGGUGAACAGGGAACACACGAGGAUGACGAAGAAGAAGACGAGCAUCAUAUUGUAACCAAAGCCAGGGAACUUACGAAGCACAUUUUGUAUUUUCUUACGGAAAGUGAGCGAUUUCGUUCGCAGAUAAGACGACCAAAAAUUGCAAAGAAGGUCUAUCGAUUGCUUUGUUUGCGGUCAACAACACCCGAGGAACUUUAUGCAAGAAAGAUCGAGCUCGAAGAAUACGGCGAAGCUUUGGCUCUAGCGCAGUCCUACAACUUAGACUGCGAUUUCGUGUAUCAAAAACAAUGGCGAAAAUCUCCAGUGACAGUUUCUAGCAUCCAUGAUUACCUAAGUAAAGUCACCAAGCGUAUAUGGGUUUUACACGAGUGCCUCGAGCGUGUUGCAGAAGAUAUCGACUCCACUAAAGCCUUGUUGAAAUAUGGCUUGUAUAACACUGGACUUCAUGUGCUUGCUUCCAUGGGCAACAUGGAUAAUCCUUUUCUGAAGGAGAAAGAUGAUGAUGACGAAGUGGAAGCAUCGGAUGAUCGGGAGAACGAGGGGAAAUUGUUGAAAACUAUCAAUUUCAAUAAUUUAUCUGUCGAGCAACGCAACUUGUGUCGUUACCGUCUUCGCUUUCUCAAGUACUUGGACCGCCUCUCGACGUACGAGGCGAUUCUUGGUGGACCUGCCUUCGCGCACGAUUCAUUUGACAGCACCUUCUUCACGAACUUUCGCGACAGUAACAUUGUUGAUGUGGCUGUCGACUUUGCCAGGGAUAACGACUGGAAUGCUGUUGAUUUUUUGCUGACAUAUCAUGGCGAAGAUGCGUUGCCUCAUUAUCUUUCUAUCAUCUCGAACUUUCCUGAAACUACCAAUCCCUAUGUUUAUAGAACACUACUGCCCGAAGCUGGAAUUGAUGAAAACGAACCAGAAAUAUACAAAUGGGAGCAAAAAACAUGGCGGACACUAGACUGGGUAGAAGACUCCAAAUUCUCAAAGAUUUGCCCAACGUAUGUUGACGUUGAUCUCGGGAAUAAUUUGUAUGAAGAAAAUGUUAAACUUAAGAUAUUUAGUGGAGCCUUGGACGCCGUGAAACUAACAGAAUGGUUCAAAUAUCGUGCAAACGAAAUUGAGAGAUUAUCUGGCCAGAUCGAUAACGCUUUACAGUUGGUAAAACUCGGCAAAGAAAAGGGAGUUAAGGGAUUGAAUACGUUGUUGAUCGACCUAUCCACAAUGAGCACUCUCAUUUACGAGUGCCAAAAUGAAAGUUCGAUUGACUUGGAAACAUUCGAAAAAUUGAGCAAUCUUGAGAAGAUGGAUCUACUUUUGGCAAAGUCUUCAGAUGCAACGUUCGUUGAGGAUUUCAAAAGAUGGGUCAUUCCAUUCUUGGACAAUGUUGAAAAACAAACACGAGGCGGAAAAAUGAAGUUAAUUCAGCAGUAUAUGACGGAAACUGCAAAGAGCAAUAUUGCAUAUCCUCUCAAGAUUCUUCAACAGUCCGUUUGCGAGUCAAAGGAACCGUUUAUUCCCGAUGUAGCUCGGCAAAUGAAGCUGGCAAUGGAUUGUAUAUACCUCUGUCAAAGAGAGGAUCAACUGACAGCCGAAGAAAUUUUAAGACUCUUUUCCAUCCUCGUCUGGAUAAUGUCCCAACAGAUAAUGGCACUGCGGACGAAAUUAAGUGAAACCGCUACGUAUUUGAGGGGGACGCGUAUUUUAUGUGAUAAUGACGUUCCGAAGCCAGUUUCAUUCUUGGUCAAUUCCAGGGCCGACGAGGAAGCAGCUCGCUCGGUAAUGACCAAUUUAUCGCGAAAAGCCCAACACAGAAAAAAAGUGUUCUCGGCAGGGCUCGAACCUGCGACCUUCCGCGUGUUAAGCGGAUGUGAUAACCACUACACUACGAGAACCAUUGCUGUCAGACAUGUUAAAUUGCGCCACGAGACUUCUACCUGUAUUGUGCUCAGCGUUUGUUAUGAAGCUUUCCUUGAUUGCCUUAUCACAUCCGGAAGUUUGGAGAACAUCAAUCAUGCCAAACGCUUACUAUCAUCCAAACCUGACGUUGAUUCCAUUAGCAAGAAGAUCGACCAGACAAAAUUGAUUGAACUGGUUGUAAAAGCGUCCAGAGAAUAUUUCAAUUCCGCGAACAAUGCGAGAGACUCCUGUAUACAUCUGGCAAAAGCUUGCUUGGCUCUAGUUCCCAACAGCGAGCAUUCUGUGAAAGAGGAAACCGAUCUGAUAUGUGCUCUGUCUAUGUUGACCGAUUACAAAGUAUCUAUUUUGCCACUUCAAGUUCGCUUGUGCCAGGAUAAGUUGAAUUUGAUCGAGAAGGUCUUAGACUCAUCGCCUCAUUCGUACAAAGAUGCCGGAAAGCUUCUAAAUUUAGCUUCGUUGCUUCGCCUGUCGGGUUCUGAUGAAAACACAAGACGCGGUCGAGUUCUCCGUCUCGUAGCACAACGAGCCAUGGAUCACGACGACUUCGACGUCUCUUACAACGCAUGCGCUGAACUGAUAAAAAGUGCAUACGUACCAGGUUGGAAGAUUUGCAGGGCUUUGGGUGAGAAAAUCGAGUUUGCAAAUUUGAAGGCAAGAGCCUGGCGUUGCGAGACCGUGCUGCACGCGAGAAGUUUGUUACGUACUCAGAUUGUUUACGGCGAACUUGGUGGUCUGUUGAAAACGUCGGUGAUAAUUUCACAGUUGGAUACUGAUCUCACAACCACUGAGCAGAUAUCCAAAACCACGAAAUCAAUUCUCUCCAGCGUGAGCGACGUCGGCUGGUGGGCAGAUACACUGCAAUGGGUGCGGCCCUUGCAGCGUAAAACAACCAAUCAGAGUCAAGAAAAAAGUGCAAAGAAGUUGGAGCCGAAGGACCUGGAGUUUCAUUGUCAUCCUUUUUACGAGACUGUUCACCGGAGCGCUUUCCAUGGAAAAGAUGACAAUUUGAAAGAUAGGUCGGCUGUAACCACGCAGAAAGUCAACGAACUUCUUCUUCAGACACAGAAAAUGGCGGAGGAAAGAGCGGAAGGAUCUUUGGAAGAACGAGCUACAGAAAUCCUCAUUCAGUUAGCAGACGUUCAUUUUUCAUCAGAUACGCCUCUCGCUAUGGCCUAUCUCAUGGCUUUACCCGAGUCAACAAAUGCGUACGAGUGUUUUGAGAAGCUACCCAGUUCUGCCUUAAGUCUUCAGCUCGCCUCCUAUUACUACGCCCUUCAAGUGUACAUCCUUUGUACUCCGCAAACGGAAGAUACUCUGGCAUCUGUUUACCUGCAUCCGCCUGUCGCAGUCUUAGAGCACGUGGUCCAGAAUGACCGUGUCUUCGAGGAGACUGGGAGCGACGUAAAAUCCCUCCUCUCUCAUCUUAGGCGAUAUCAAUCUCGUUUCACUGACUUCUCGCAGGCGAGACUUCUGCAAGGCCUGGGACGAGGUGUGGAUAUUGGCCGUUUACAAGACGAGGAGUACAAAAGGAACAUUUUGGGACUAACCAUGAGUAUUGAUGAGAAUAUUUUCAAUACCGCAAUCUCAUUGGCAGAACAAUACGGGAUUUCGAAAUGGGAAAUGUUAAUGUCGCAUCUUGAGUGGUUGUUCACAGACAGCGAUUUAUCGACGAAACAGCUGCAAGACCGCGUCGACGGAAAAGAAAUAAUGCCCACGCUUUUGAAAGAACCAGAAAAGAUGAUCAGUCGAUUUAAGGAGUACGUCUACCCUUCAAUAGAUGGAAAGCAGUUGGCUCGUUUGCUGUAUUACUACAUGCUCAUGAACGAGUGUGUGCAAGCAGCCGGAAUAACUUGUGAAGGCGACUCGGAUCCGCAAAUGCAUAUGCGGUUGAUAAAAAAGAUCAAGUCUUCCUCGCAAGGUGUGAACUAUAAAAGCUUAAUGGAGGACGGUGAUCCAUUGUUGACGAUGAAACCUCAUCUGCUAAGUGAAAACGUUCACGUCUUCGCUAAGAUGGCGAAUAAACUGCGAGAUAAGAAUGGUAGAAUAUUGACUUCCAGUCAUGUUUUCAAAGUAUUUGCAGAGAAAAUAUUUUGGCAAGGUGAAAGAAGAAACAUCGAAAAAAGAGGUAUUGUUGAUUGGAUUCAUCGUUAUGAGGAGGUUCAUGGUUACUUGGAGCGACUCUCCUUCAAGCAUUUAUUGGAACUCAUUGAUUCCUUAACGUUCUCUGAAAGAGCUGUAGACACGCUGACCGUCGAUGUGAGAGAUGAAGUGCUCAGGAGGGCAAUUAAGUUUGCCGUCGAAGAGGUACCCGGGAAAGCAAAAAAUCAAAGAAAACAUCGAUAUAGAUGGCACUUUCAGUGUAUCCAAGUCGGUCAGCAUUUUGAACAAUCUUUAAAACAUCUCAGCUCGCUGGCGAACGAAACCAUUUUGAAACUGACUGAUUUGGACGAGAUGCGCUAUGUCCAAUACGCCCGUCUUUACGAUCUAUCGCGUUCAGAACCUGACAAAAUCAAGGAGUUGGGCAUUCGAGUUUUAUGUAAUGGCGAUCCCUUAGAACUUGCAGGAGAGCUAUUGGAAUUGGCAGGAGAGCAAAAGGCUCAGAGCAGUAAGCUGAGAGAUGUUAUUAAUGGGGCUCUGCGAACUAUCCUGAAUACGUUUAGCCGUGAUGAAGGACAACCAUCCAACGUUUCACGGGACGUUUCAUCGAAGGAACUCUUGCGAAAAAUUCUCACCACUUUGAAGGAACAUUUGAAUGAUGAAAAUAUCGUUAGAAAUUCGUCAAAGAGGAGGAUAUACCACGAGAUUCGGAAUUUUGUGCAGACGAAGUCGUGGCACCUGAAGCAAAGCACGGUUCUUCAGUUGAUUGAGAAUUAUGUUACAUUGAGAGGAGAGGAUAAAACUUUGUUACUUUUUCAUCAGACGCAAACCAUUGUCUGUCAACAUUGGGAUAUUGAGCUAUCUGUGGUUAACGUGGAGACAUGUAACUCCUUGCGGUGCACGUUUCAACAACUGUUCGAAAAGUCGUCAACGUUAGAGCAACUGAUCGCUUUGACUUCUUUACUCAGCAUCUGGCCUCCAUUAGACUUAGAAGAAGCCUGGUAUUUGGUUUUGUUAAAAUUAAUCAACCAGACAAAAGACGGCAAUUCAGUGGUGAAGAUUAUAAGAGAGAAAAGUGAUCGAAUCUACGUAAAGAAAACGAAUUACAAAGACAUUUUGAACGCUGCCUUGGAAAACUGCUUGAAGCUUGAUGCGUUUAAAAUUGGAUUAAUGUUUGAAGAUAGCGAAGCGUGUGAACGUAUUGUUGAGGAAAUAAAAAGAAUUGACCGGUCGGAUGCGAAAUGGGACGAUGAAUUAUUAGAACUGAUAUUUAAAAAUCGACUAUCGCCGAAAAUAGUGGAAACACCAUACUUUGAUGCAUUUGUUAACUAUUUGUUGAACGGAGAUUUAAAUUCGCGUUCAUCGCGUGAGUUUCGCGUGAAUGAGGUGAUCCGUGGUUUACAUAGAGCGGGUUAUACUGUUGGUGCAGCUUCGAUAAAGUCGUCGUAUGAUAACCUUCAUCCGAGUUUAAGAACUUUGGAUAAUGUUGUAGGAUUGUUUAUGAAGUGGAUUGGGAAUAGUUGAUAUCAUUAUAGGUAUGUUGGUUUGCUAUAACAUAUAGGUAUAUGUGAAGAAAUCAAGAAUAAUGAGAUCAAGUACAUUGAUUUCUUAUGUACCAUCCUCACUAUGACAUAAGAAUAAUGAGAUCAAGUACAUAGAUUUCUUAUGUACCAUCCUCACUAUGACAUAAAUAUAAAGAGAUCAAGUACAUUGAUUUCUUAUGUACCAUCCUCACUAUGAUAUAAGUAUAAUGAGAUCAAGUACAUUGAUUUCUUAUAUACCAUCCUCACUAUGACAUAAGAAUAAAGAGAUCAAGUUCAUAGAUUUCUUAUGUACCAUCCUAACUUCAAUUGUAAGUGGUAAAGCAAGAAUGUACCAUUCUCAGUACGUCAUAAAAAGGUGCAAAUUAAGCACUUCGAUUUCGUGUCAAAACUAAAGGCAAAUUUCAUUAUUUAAAAAAUACUAAGUGCGCCGAAAUGUUGACUGGAAACUCCAUUUAGAAGUAAAUGAUAUGGAAUUAGGUUUUGGAUAAAAAUCUCAUGAAGCAAUACAGGUUGUAUGUAUGAUAUAAAAAAUGACGAAACUUUUAAAAAUAUAAACUGUUGUCUUAUGUAAAUUGAAAUAACACAAUACCAUAUCAGAAAUCUAGUGGUUAAAA